GCCUAGGCUAUGCUGCCAUCCAGUGGUCAUGUAUUAUGUGACAAGCACAUCACUGCUGCUUCUCUCCCACUCUCUCCCCCCCCACGAUGUGCAAAACUUUUACCAGCACUAUGUGACACAUCUCAGCUCUGCUGCUGUUUCGCAGGAAACGUGCACUUCCGUCUUGUGAAGCCUCACGCAACCCAUCUUCGUAUCCAGAGCAUUCUCGUGCCCAGCCACCUGUGUGAGGGGAAGGUGUAGCAACACAAAGGGUCUGACUAUGUUCAGAAAAAAAAAAAUCUAUUUAUAGGCUCCUUAUCGUCGAGUAGCCUGCAACUGCUCUGCUACCAACAACUAACUGAGUGAAGAGAGGAGGAAGCUUUCACUGUAUUACAAGAGAGGCGAGGAAGUGAUUUGGCCCUAAUUGUGCAGUAAAAGAAGUUCAGCAGCGGAGGUUUUUUUUGCUUUGCGACGUGGAGCUGAUGGAGUUUUCUGAGCAUAUCAAGACCGCCAAUGUGGAGGAUGUUGUGCUCCGACAGCCGCUGCACCCGCCGAGCAGAGGCACCCUGUGCAUCACCUGCCACCACCUGCUCUUCUCGGACAGGGAGGAGGGCAGCUCUCGGCAGGUUUUGCUGCUCCUCAGAAACAUCGAUGCCAUUGAGAAAAGUGUGGAAAACCUUUUGGGCUACUCCUGCGUCUUCACUAAUGCAGGCAACAGUCAAAAAAGUGUGGAAAACCUUUUGGCCGACUCCUUCCUCUUCGCUAAUGCAGGCAACAGUCAAAAAAGAAUAUCUGGAUCUUCAGGGACGAUUACUAUCAAGUGUAAAGAUCUGCACGUGCUCCAGCUUGACAUCCCAGGCAUGGAGCAGUGUCUCAACAUUGCACGCUCUAUCGAGACCCUGUCCUGUCUGGACAGUGUGUCAGAGAUGUACCCUUUCUUUUACAGACCUUCUGAUGCCAACCUGCCGGACCAGUGGGGUCUCUCGUGCCCUGAAAAGCACUACAGUCUAAUGAAGGAACUUCAUGAUCGGUGGAGACUAAGCACCGUGAACAGAGAUUACUUAGUGUGUCCCUCUUACCCUCCAGCUGUCAUCGUCCCCAAGAACAUAGACGAUGACAUGCUGGAGAAGGUGGCCAAAUUCAGACAGGGAGGACGCUUCCCUGUCCUCUGCUACUACCAUAGGAAGAAUGGCACGGUAAUUAUGCGCAGCAGUCAGCCGCUGACGGGAGCCAAUAGGAAGCGCUGCAAGGAAGAUGAGCAACUCCUCCAGGCUGCGAUUGAAGGCUCAGACAAAGGUUACAUUAUUGACACGCGCUCCAGUCAGCAGGCGCUGCAGGCAAGCAUGACAGGUGGAGGGUUUGAGUCCAAAUCGUGUUAUAGCAGCUGGAAGAGACUGCACAGACAAAUGGAGAGGGGUAAAGCACUGCAGGAGAGUCUAAUUAAACUGGUGGAGGCCUGUGGUGACGAGCACCAUAAUAUGGACCGUUGGCUCAGUAAGCUUGAAAAUUCAAAGUGGCUGUCUCACGUCCAAACUGCCCUGUCAACUGCUGGUCUGCUGGCGGAGUGUGUGGAGAGGGACGGUCAUUCAGUUCUGGUUUACGGCUCUGAAGGGAAAGACUCCACUUUGCUCAUCAGCACUCUGGCUCAGCUCAUCAUGGACCCACACUGCCGCACACUGGAGGGCUUCCUGGCUCUGCUGGAGAGGGAGUGGGUACAGGCAGGACACCCAUUCCAGCAGCGAUGUGCCCACUCGGCCUACUCCCAUGCCCGUCUCCAGCAGGAGUCCCCGGUCUUCCUGCUGCUGCUGGACUGUGUGUGGCAGCUGUGGCGUCAGUUCCCCCUGGCACUGGGCUUCUCUGAGGCGCUGCUCCUGAGGCUGGCGACUGAGGCCUACGCGUCUAACUAUGGCACCUUCCUGUGUAACAGCCAUCAGGAGAGGUGUGUUCUAGGACUGAAGGAGAACACUCACUGUUUGUUCCAGGCACUGUUGAGGCCCAGGGAGAGAGACUGUUACUCUAACCCCUUGUAUGAGCACACUGAGCUGGCAAUCUGGCCCUCAGUCCACCCUCAGUCCCUACAGCUUUGGAGAGGCUUUUUUCUGAGGCGGACCCCACAGGCUCGUCACCUUGAAGAGGUUCAGGAGGAAAUAAGGAACAUGGUCAUUAAGUGGGGGAAACUGGCGCUCAGCUGAUGCCCUGUCAGUAUGUGAAGGAGUGAAGAUGUUCAGCCUGAACAUGUAGAACAUGUUUUUAGGAGGAAUGUUAAUGUGCAAUGCCGUUUGACUGUAGAACUGUUGUUUAAAAUUUUGUAACAACUUGCUGUGUUUUAAUGUACAGUGAUUUUUUUUUUCUUUCAUAAAACAAUUGUGUAAAAAAAUGUAAUUGUUGAUGUCAUUUGAUGCUGUUUAGACCUCUAUAUUUUCACAGCAUA